AUGUUCAACGAAGAGCAGAAUGUAAAUAAUUAUUAUCCAUCAAAGUUGGGAAUAGAUAGGCCUGCUGUUGAUUUUAAUUCUUCAAUUUGUAAUUUUUUAAAAAAUGAUAUAUACAAGAGGCAAUUUGAUAGGAGAUUAUACGUGAGCCAUCCCAUUUUCAUGAGAAGAGUAAAACCAUUAUUUUGUUAUAGUAAUAUGAUAGAUAGAUUUGAUGGAGUUUUAUCUCAUUUAGCAUAUACAUGCUUAAAUAAAAGUAAAGGAAUGAUAGUAAGUUUGAAAUGGUUUAAUGAUGGAAAGAGAUUAUUAACAGGAACUCAGUUAAGUGAACUAGCAAUAUGGAAUGGAGUAUAUUUUAAUUUUGAGGAUAUGAAAAGAAUACCAAUAGGUGGAGGUUCAGUUUCUUGCUUAGAAUGGUCAAAAAAUGAUAAUUUAUUUGCUGGAAAUUCUUUAGGGCAAAUAGUUAUUUUAUCAUCUGCUUUAAAUUUAUUAGAUAAUUAUGCAUUUGAAGGAUUAACAAAAAAUGUAUUAGAUAUAAGUUUAUCUUGUUGUAAUACUAAACUAGCAGGAUGUGCUGAUACUUGUAAUCCUAUAAUUUGGGAUAUUAAAACAAGAAAGAUUAUAAAGCAUUUAAAAUGUAAAAAUAUUGAUACUAAUAAUAUUAGCUGUCUAUCAUGGAAUCCUAUAAAUGAUAUUGUAGCUAGUGGUAAUAGAACCCAAACAAUUUCUUUCUGGGAUAUAAGAAUAAAUAAACCUAUUAUUUCUAUAAAUGCACAUAAAGCUAAUGUAAAUAAAAUAAAGUGGAAUUAUAAUGGUGUUUAUUUAUUAAGCUGUAGUAAAGAUAGUUUAAUUAAAUUAUGGGAUAUUAGAAAUUUUAAAUUAUUAUAUUAUUAUAAAAAUGAUAAUAUUUAUAAUAAUAGAUAUGGGUUAAAUUAUGAACCUACUUAUAUUGUUUGGAACCCUAUACAAAAUCACAUUUUUGCUAGUUCUGAUAAUAAAGGAUAUAUAAAGUUUUAUAGUACUAAUGAUAAUAAAUGCAUUCAAACUAUCUCAUCAGCUCAUGGAUACGAUAAGCCUUGUUCUAUUACCUUAUUAGACUGGAAUCCUCUUGGGCAUAUACUUACCUCAUUUGGAGAAGAUAAAUUGUUGAAAUUCUGGUCAGCAUCUAGCUGUGAUUCUGUUAUUGCAAAAGAAAUAGAUGCAAAAAUGUUAAUUAAUAUUAACAAAAAUGGCUCAUUUCCUAAUUCUAGAUAUAUAAAUGAUGAAAACAUGUUAGAUGUUAGCAGUAACCAAUCCAUUUGUGAUUCAGAGGAAGGACAUUACAAAAAAAAUAAAUUGAAUAAUAAUUACUAUAAAAAAAUUUCGAAAAAAAUUAAUAAAAAGAAAAAAAAACAUUUAUUUCAAAAAUAA